AUGUCGAGUCACGGUGGUUCUUCGCGAAAGAGCGGUUCGUUCACGACUAGCCCUAGGCGGUCUAAGAAGAAAGGAACUGAAUUUUUACCUCCGGACACCACUUUUCGUAAACCGUUUCCGUCUAUGCGCACCACCACCGCGGGUGAGCGAACUGUGAAAUCAUUGCGACUUUCAAAGGCAUUGACAGUGCCUGAAUCAACAACUAUCUAUGAAGCUUGUCGUCGGAUGGCUGCUCGCAGAGUAGAUGCUCUAUUAUUAACUGAUUCUAAUGCUUUGCUCUGUGGAAUCCUCACAGACAAGGAUAUAACAACAAGAGUAAUUUCCUGUGAGGUUAAUCUUGAAGACACACCUUGUUCCAAGGUUAUGACAAGGAAUCCAGUAUUUGUCCUUACCGACACUCUUGCUGUGGAAGCACUCCAAAAGAUGGUGCAAGGGAGAUUCAGACAUUUACCUGUGGUGGAGAAUGGAGAAGUGGUUGCUAUCCUCGACAUAGCAAAGUGUUUAUAUGAUGCCAUUGCCCGUAUGGAAAGGGCAGCGGAGAAAGGAAAGGCAAUUGCAGUGGCUGUUGAAGGUAUCGAAAAACACUGUGGAGCUUCUGCCUCUGGCUCCAAUUCAUCAUUCUUUGAGACUCUUCGGGAGCAGAUAUUUAAACCAUCAUUGUCUACAAUCAUUCCUGAGAAUUCAAAUGUUGUUACAGUCUCAUCAACUGACUCAGUUUUGACAACAACGAAAAAGAUGCUUGAACUUCGUGCAAGUGCUGCUGUUGUGGUAGUUGAUAACAAACCUUGUGGUAUUCUUACUUCAAAGGAUAUCUUGAUGCGGGUAAUAGCACAAAAUCUCUCCCCAUCGUCAACUCUUGUUGAGACGGUCAUGACUGCAAAUCCAGAAUGUGCAGUAAUCGACACACCAAUUGUUGAUGCACUUCACUUAAUGCAUAAUGGAAAAUUCUUGCAUCUUCCUGUGGUUGAUAGAGAUGGCAUUGUUGUUGCGACGCUUGAUGUGAUUCAUAUCACUCAUGCUGCUGUGGCUACAGUUAGUCAGGCUGGGAAUACUGCAAACUUCAACAAUGAAGCUGCCAACAGCAUGAUACAAAAGUUUUGGGAUUCGGCCAUGACUUUUACUCCAAAUGACGACGAAGAAGAUUCAAAUAGCGACACUUCCUUUAAAAUGGUUUCUGAGGGAGGAGAAACAGGGAGGUCCAUUCCUUAUAAUGUGUCAAGCACGCAAACCACAUUUUCCUUCAAACUACAAGAUAAGAAGGGUAGAUUGCAUAGAUUCACAUGUGAUACUCGGAGCUUGACAGAGGUUAUAACUUCCAUCAUUCAGAGAGUUGGCGAUGAUAUUGACACCAAUAACCUGCCUCAAAUUUUGUAUGAAGAUGAAGAACACGAUCUAGUUGUAUUGGCUUCAGAUAGUGAUCUUGCAGCAGCCGUGGACCAUGCAAAGACGGCUGGUUUGAAGGGAUUGAGAUUGCACUUAGACUACUCAGGAGCAUCUGGUUAUGGAGCAGAAUCAAGUUUAAAUUUGGAAUAUGCUAAUUCAGAAGCAUGGAACUCGGCCUUUCACACUGUUGCAGCUGGAGCUGCAGUUAUCGCUGCCUUAGGCCUAUUAGUGUUCUUCAGUAAAAAGCAAUGA